AUGCUUGUGCUUCUGGAUUCGGCUGAGCUUCACCAGAGAUCUUCGCAGUUCAAAGGGGCGGUUCGGUGGUCUGGAAAAGCGGCGAGGCUGAGAAGUGGCUUUUUGGAUCAAAGCGGUGUAGCGAACGGAGGAGUGGUUGAUUUGCGGUGGUUUGGUUUUCUCUCUGGUUCUCAGAGGCGACGUGUCCGUAAGGUUUUCCCAUCGGCGUUGUCUCCUGAUGGUCAAAGCUUUGCAGUCUGCGCACGGUGGGAUCCUUCUUCCCAGCUCCGGUGGAAGCUCUGGGUUUCUUCCGGUGUUCGGGUCCGCUUUCUGUUCUUCAGGCAGUGGUACAGGUUGUGUCUAGCGGUGGUGAGUCUUCUCCUCCGGUUUAUACCUACCUUCAAUGGGUUUGGUCUUCUUGGGGCGCUGCUUCAGUUUUUGCUUCUGGGUUCGGCGUUGUCCGGUGGCGUAACUGCUCUUGCUCGUCUUGUGGAGACUGGCCCAAUGCUGCUGCUCUUGGAUGAGUUCUUGAACCUGUGGUAUAGCUUAGGUGUAUUGUUGUUCUGUGUUUUUGAUCCAAGUUGUAUGCUCAUCAAGCUUAAGGUGGAUACCAAUACAGAUGAAGUUUAUGCAAAAGUUUCGUUGUCGCCAUUUUCACCUGAAUUUGAAGUCUCUAUUCCUAAUGGCAACAACGAACAAAACAUUAACUAUUUUACCAAGGUGUUAACUGCUUCGGAUGCCAGCACACAUGGUGGUUUUUCUUUAUUUAAAAAAGAUGCCAUUGAAUGUCUUCCUCUAUUGGAUAUGUCACAGCAAGCACCGAGUCAGUGGAUAGUUGCUAAAGAUCUCCAUGAUCAUGUUUGGAAAUUUAAACACACUUUUAGAGGUACACCACAAAGACAUCUUUUCACAUCUGGUUGGAAACAGUUUGUAAGAAAAAAAAGUUUGGCCGUUGGAGACUCUGUUGUAUUCCUUAGAGGGGAGAAUGGGGAAUCACAAAUCGGAAUCAGAAAAGCAGCGCCUCAACAAAGCAACAUAUCAUCAUCAGUAAUUUCAAAAGAGAGUAUGCAUUAUGGUUUAGUUGCUACUGCAUCGAAUGCUAUUAACUCCAAAUGUAUGUUCGACGUGUUUUAUAGGCCAAAGUCGAGCAAAUUCAUUGUCAACUGCAAAAAAGUUAUAGAUGCAGUGAACAUGAAGUUCAAUACAGGUUCAAGGUUUACUAUGAAGUUUGAAGGACGUGAUUUUAAUGAAAUAAUAUAUUCUGGGACAAUAGUAAAAGUGGAAGAUUUCUCCAUUUAUUGGAAGGAUUCAGAAUGGCGAAAUCUACAAGUUCAGUGGGAUGAAGCUGCAACAAUUUCAAGACCUAAUAAGGUCUCUCCAUGGGAAAUCGAGCCUUUAAUUCGAAAAAACAAACGCCAACGCGAAAUUAACGAAAUUGUGAGCUAUGCAGGUCUUGCUAUGUCCAAACCAUAUUACAAUGACCAAAUGGUCCAGUCAACAAAAGAAAAUUCAACCACCAAUGCAUCUAGUAGCUUCAGAUUGUUUGGAGUUGAUCUAACGGCUUCUACCAAAGCAAGAGAUGUUUUGGAACCACUUGAAUCAUACCAAAAGAGUAAAAUUUCUGAAAUCUUUGAUGAAGAAAAGCUUGAUCAAAUUCAAGCAGUGACAUCACUAACAGAAAUCCAAACGAAGAAAAUAAGGUGUACUACAAGUAGUACCAAGGUUCACAUGGAAGGUGUUGUUAGAACUGUUGAUUUAACUGAUUUUGAUGGAUACAAUCAGAAC